AGAGGUGAUGACACCGCGACACCCAGUCCCGCCGCAGGGCUCCGGCUGCAGACAUGGUGACAGCGCGCCUGGAUCAACGUGCAGGCUUUUCGUGAAGAGUAGUUCCCGGGCUUCAGCCGCGGGAUUGUAGAGGUCACCAAUGGGGAACUCCUACGCGGGCCAGCCGCGGAACACACGCUUUGAAGAAGUCCUUCAUAACUCCAUCGAGGCAUCACUGAGGUCGAACACCAUCGUGCCCCGACCUGUCUUCUCACAGCUGUACCUCGAGACGGAACAACAUUUGACACAAGAAGUGUCCCCAACAGGCCGCAUGGAGAAUGAAGAUGAGGACAAUGAAGAUGGCUCACGGUCUAAUAGCCCCCCAGUGCCAUACCAAAUGAAGCCUCCACCUGAGGGAUGCUGUACCACAGAUGGCUUCUGUCAGGCCGGCAGAGACCUGCGUCUGUCCUCACUGGCAUUGGAUCCCUUGGAUGUGUCCCCUGGGUUCAUGCUGGUUGGGGUAAAGUCCCCCUCCCUCCCUGAGAACCUGCUGGUAUGCGCUGUGGACCGCCGCUUCCUGCCAGAUGAACGGGGUCACAACGCGCUGCUGGGGUUCUUGGGGAACUGCAUGGGCUGUGGAGAGAAGGGCUUCUGCUACUUCACCGAGUUCGCCAACCACAUCAACCUGAAGCUCAGCACCCAGCCCAAAAAACAGAAGCACUUGAAGUACCAUCUGUACCGAAACAACCAGGGCGUGCUGGUCAAAGGAGCCCCCAUCAGCUGGAGGGAACACGGUGCCAGGAUGAGACAUGUGGGAUCCAGCCUUUCAGAAGGCCUUGUGAGAGCAGGGGACCAGACAGCAAACCUGCCAUCACACACACCUGGCCCAGCAAGAUCACAUGUGGACAAUGUUCUUCUGCCACAAAUAGCUGAUGUCUCCCACUUGCUGACAAACGGCAACCAUGCUGUCCCCUCCGUCGCCAAGCCUUUUUUAAAUCGGCCAGGGCCUGGGAGACCCUCAGCUCCAGCACCCCAUGCAAAUACUGGACCCCCAAAAAAGAGGCACAAGGGCUGGUCACCUGAGUCGUCUGCCAGUAGUGUGUCAGAAAGCGCAGUGAAGACACCGCCGUCCUCCUCAUUCGCAUCAACGUCAUCUGUGUCUUCUGGCAUGACAGGUGGAGCCAGAUCAGAGAGUGCAGCCCUGCUGAGUUCAUCGCAGAGGUCGUCUACCCCGCUAACUCCCCCAGGACUGUCUGUUACGGUGCCUGAUCAGCUGCUACACACCUGCAGUCUGCAACCUGUCAUCUUCAAAGGUCAUGGUGCUCUCCCUCAGCUGACUGGCAAUGUCGCUGAAGUGCUCGUCAGCUCUCUGCUCCAGAGUUGUUACCUGAGCUCCCAGACACUCCCCAGAGUCUACCAGCACUAUGGACCGUCACCCAUUCAGCCGCUGUCUGCUGAGAUGCAGAUUCUGCUCACAGUCUACUACCUCGUUCAGCUAGGCCCUGACCAGGUGCCCCUGAUUGAAGACUUGGAGCAGAUCUUCAUGAGAUCAUGGAGGGAGUCCCACCUCACUGAGAUCAGACAGUACCAGCAGCCUCAAACACAGGCUGCCCAAGGAAGGCACUACGGCAUGGAGGGGAAACAGACCCCUUCGGUGCUGCCUGGGCUCCCCCAGCAUCUCUCUUUGCCUCUGCAGAACCAGCAGCCUGUGACCCCCAGCCAGCUCCCAUGGCUCGCCCAGCUGGCUGCAUCGUCGUGCGGUGAGGGCGUGCUGGUGUUAAUGGAAGGACGGCUUGAAAACACCAACUAUGUGGUCAUUAUUGUCACCUCACUGGGACAGGAAACACAGUCCUGUGUGGUUGUCACAGGUGGGAGGUGUGAUUUUAUAUGCAUGUGCAAACACCAGUGCCGUGCCUUGGCAGAGAGCAUGUUCUCUCCCAGUGAGGGUCUGAAAGAAAUCCACCACCAGCUCUCCUCUGGUGCUGCCCAGGAACUCAUCCACUACUGCAAUUCCCUCGGACCGGAUGGUGAUAUGGAUUCCCUCCUUGAUAGUGCCACCGUGGACAGCAACGAGCCGUCUCCCUUAACCAGCAGUCAGGAAUCAACUGAAGACACAGGCCUCAAAAACACACACAGUCCAAAGGAUUCAAACACACAAUGUUCAAAAGACUCACCCAGUCUGAAAGAGGGCGCUUCAAGCCCCAGAGACACCUGCUCAGAAUUCUCUGUAGAGUGGUGUGAUUUGCGUCCCAUCCAGCUGGCAGUGGCUAGAAAGCUGCUAUCCCAUGUUUGUGCUAUAGCCGACUCCAGCACACAGAACCUGGACCUUGGCUCCUUUGACAGGGUCAGCUUCCUCAUUCUGGUCCCACCAUCUGAUGUCACCUUUCAACAGACUGUUCUCCACCUAAAGAGCUCUGGUGUCCUUCAGGAGCUUGGGAGUUUAGACCAGGAAUGUAGUUCUCAACGGGUGGCAGAGCAUUAUGUGGUCAAGAUGGACCAGAGUGCUCAGGCACGAAUUGACAUCAUCAUCCAGGAAGCUCAGCGCAACUCCUGCAUUCUCUACAUCCUGGUCCAUGAUCACGCCCACUGGGACAUUAGCAGUGCACCCUACAGCAGCUCAGACAGUGGGUUGGUGGACCAGCUGUUAAACUCCCAACAAGUCAGAGAUGCUCCAAACAUCCUAAUUCUCCAUGUUACCUCCUUCCCCUUUGCUCUUCAGACACAAUACACCCGCAUCAGCCCCUACAAUGAGAUCCACUGGCCCUCUGCAUUUAGUAAUGAUGUGGACCUGUAUCAUGAGAAGACACGGUACUUUGGUGUGUCAGAGCUUUUAGAGUCGACACGUUCAGGGAGCACCCUGCCUUUGAUGCGUUAUGAUUCCUCUUUUGAAACCAUGGCAUCUGCCCUGGAAGAAAGGUUUGCUAAGUUGCAUAGCGCUGUGAUCCGGACUACAGUGCUGAUCCAGCAUUACUGCGUAGCUCUGAUGGCUGCCUCUGGCAGAAUCGGAGGCUCCUACAAUCUCCACAAGCACACCUCUGUGGAGACUGUGGAGAUUGUGCAGUCACUGCUCACCGCUGCCCAGCAGUGUCCUGCCCAUCAUGGUCACAUGGUCCUGCUGCGGAUCCCCUCUCUGGCUCUGGCUGCAUGGGCCCAUCGACGGCUGUCCAGAGUGAGGAGGCAGCUGGGUCUGGAGGAGAGAUUUGAAAUCAUACUGGGUAAUCCCAACCAAGCUCUGAGUAUUGGACAGACCUUCACAGAUCAGAUCAAGACAUGGCUGAAGAUCCAGGAUGAUGACUGGGUUCCUCGUACCUACCUGGAGCUGGAGGCCCUUCCUUGCAUCCUCAUCCUGUCUGGAGCUGAGCCCCUGGGAGAAUCACUGCCCAGGUCAUUGAAGUACUGCGAUCUUCGGGUGAUCAGCUGCUCCUACCUUCAACGAACCACACUCGAACAAGAGCUGGGACUGGCUGCCUAUUUAGUGAGGGCAGAGGCGCGACCCCAACAUAACCUCGGAUCAGGAAGUGACCUGCUGGAAAGCGAUGCAGAAAAACUCAGCAGCACUGACAAUGAGGAGGAGGAGGCACAGGGGAAUGGGGACUCCCCUCUGUCAUCCAGUCAGCAACCUCCGUCCUGCCCAGACAGUGGUGCUACCCAAAGCUCCACCUCUCCAAAUGACCAGAGAGGGACUGUGGACACCAAGCAGUCUCCCUCACCUUUACAGCCUCAACUUCUGCCCCAGCCCCCAUCCCAGUCUUUUCCAUAUCCUCAGCCUACACCACACCAGCAAACCCAACCUCAAGUUCAGCGCCAUUCCCAGGCCCAACCCAUCUCCCAGCUGCAGCCACAGCUUCAAAAUCAGCUGUUACCACAGACAAACUCUCAUCCUCAUGCUCAGAUGCUCCCCCAGCACCAGUCCUUCUCCCAGAUGCAUAUACCCCACCCUCAACCACUUCCCCUUGCCCGCUCUCAUCGCCAACACUCCAAAUCCACCUCAUCUGGCUCCUUGUCCCCCCGAGCCUCCUCUCCUUAUGUGAGCUGUUCCUGGGCGCGGGGAGGGAGUCGCCCGCCUUCUGUGCUCCUCCCUCGCACGCUGUACAACAUUGUCACAGCCAGUGACAGCAGUGGCCUCCCUCGAUGUACCUCAUUCCUGCCUCACAUGUCUGUCGUAUGGGCAAGCAGCUUCAGGCCCUUGCUGAGUAAGAUGAUGACAUGUACGGAACAGUCACUGUACUAUCGUCAGUGGACGGUCCCUCGCUCCUACCACAUGGACAGCAGCAAUCGCACAGAAGGACGGAGCGACAACUUUCACCCUCGCAGGCUGCUGCUCAGUGGUCCGCCACAGGUGGGUAAGACAGGAGCCUACUUGCACUUCCUGGGUAUUCUGUCUCGAAUGCUGAUCAGGCUGAUGGAGGUGGAUAUCUACGAUGAAGACGACAUCAACUACAGUGUCCAAGCGGAGGGGGUGCAGUACCACCCAUCCAGUGCUCCGUGGCCCAACCCAGACACUAUGAGGACAAUGCCCUUUGACUACACCAUCCAUGACCCCAAAUAUGAUGACAUCAGCACUGUGUAUUGCCCUGGAUAUAAACCUAGUGCUGAGGGAAACCCUGUGCGUCAGGAGGAUGUGUGCCUACGCAGGCGGACAACUAGGAUCAAGCUGUCUAAAUAUGCGGCCUAUAACACCUAUCAUCACUGUGAACAGUGUCAUCAGUACUUGGGCUUCAACCCCAGAUACCAGAGGUAUGAGUCGACACUGCAUGCCUUCACAUUCACCCAUCUGCUGCUUGGGAAAGAGAUCCAGCUCUACUUCAUCAUCCCAAAGUCGAAAGAGCACUACUUCAGCUUCAGCCAACCAGGAGGCCAGCUGGAGAGCAUGCGGCUGCCUCUCACCUCCGACUGGAGCCCAGACUGCAUCAAGAGUCCAAUCUUCACCCCGACCACCGGUCGUCACGAGCAUGGUCUGUUCAACCUGUAUCACGCUAUGGAUGGAGCCUCACAUCUACAUAUCCUGGUGGUCAAAGAGUAUGAGAUGGCUGUCUAUAAAAAGUACUGGCCCAACCACAUCAUGCUGGUGCUGCCCACUGUCUUCAAUGGAGCUGGAAUAGGUGCCGCUCACUUCCUGAUUAAAGAACUUUCAUAUCACAACUUGGAGCUCGAGCGCAGUCGUCAGUUGGAGGGAGGGGGCCUGGCGGGUGACGUCUGGCCCUUCAUCAUCUUGGCCGAUGACACCUGUGUUAUGUGGAACGCAGUGGACCUCGACGCAUGCAGUGGCCCAGUGGAGCAUGCUGUCUCACUGAAGCAGGUCUUACAGCACAUUGAAGCCUGUCCAGACCUGGCCCACUUUGGCCUGUGCGGAAUCAGGAAGUGGAGCAGCCGUGGACUCGCAGGUAACAAACAGAGGGAGCCCUUCUCCAGAGGUCAUCUUCACGACUUCCUUCUCCUCAACGUCGACCGGACUCACAACAUCCAGUACAACCAAAACCGCUUCACCUGUCACGACGUGGACUUCACCCUGAGGCUACACAGCACCGGACUGCUCAUCUGCAGGUUCAACAAUUUCAGCAUCAUGAAGAAGCAGGUCGCCAUCGGAGGAUACAGGGCAUUUAUUAUUAAGACCAAGAUGACAGAUGUUCCCACUUCAGUGGGGCCCUCGCAGUACGCCUGCGCCCCAGACAGCAAGCACCUCUUCUUGGCUACUCCAGCUCAGCUUCUUCUGGAAAAAUACCUCCAGCACACCAGCCAGAAGCUGUUUCCGCUCAGUACCAGGAAUUACAUGCACCCCGUAUUGUCUGUGGACUGUUACCUCAACCUGGGACCUGAGGUGACGGUGUGUUUCGUGAGUUCCAGGCCUCACUCUGUCAACAUCAGUACCACAGGGCUGCUGUUCGGUGGCCUUCUCCUCUGUUUCGCUGACUCCUUUGUGACUCCUGGGUUCCUCAAGAAGUUCACCUUCCUCAAAGGUGCGACUCUGUGUGUCAUCGGUGCAGAUCGUAGCUCGCUCAGGCAGACGGUGGGCCGGCUGGAGCUGGAGGAGGAGUGGAGAUUCAGGCUCAGCGACGAAUUCCAGACUGCCAACGCCAAAGAGGACCGACCACUUUUUUUCCUGACCGGAAAACAUAUAUGACUGGAACAUAUGUACACAGUGCACUUUUUUUAGAAUGACUGCUUGCACUAACAUGGGUUCUGGGUGGACAAUGCAGAAAGAGACAAAACCUAUGUUUGUUACCCAGACCUGCAAGACCCAUUGGAAACAGUAUGAAGGGAAUAUGAAACAGUGAUCAUUACACAUCACUGUACACACACACAAAUACACAGAUCAGCCACAACAUUAAAAUCACCUGCCUACUACUGAGGAGUCAAUGCACCAGUUGGUUGGCACUCAUGUCACUGAGGCUCACAGCACGUCUUGUGUGAAUCUGUUUGGUUCCAUAGUGCUACUGUCAGGAAAAGCGUACAUUUGUUCAUCAUUCAGUGAUAAAAAAUAUGUUAAAGGAGUGAAAAUUGUGGUUGUGAGGACAAGUUAGAGAUAAUUUUUUUAGAUAAAUUGAACAGCCUCACCACUAUAGCUACUCAUGGAGUUUUUCCAUAAAGCACAGAUCAGCCCUCUUUAAUUGAGCCGAGCCAGACGGGCGUGGGUUGCCCUCCGUUUCUAGUAGCAGGGAGUAAUCAUGCUGACCCGGGCUCAGCCAGCCCUGCUUCUGCCAGGGGCCAAGUGGGGUCAAGCCCCACUUGGCCCUUCUUGAUAGAGAUAGACAAUUUCUAGAUCAACAUGAUAAUGGAAAGACAAAGAUCUGAGCAAAGAUGGAAGUUCAUUUUUACACUUUGAACAAAAUCACUCAGUUCUGUAAUUGCAGUUGUCCAUGUUUCUUACGUGUUUGCAGCUGCCAGUUUUGAAGUUGUUGCAGUAUCCCAAUAUUCUGUAAACUUCCUUGAAGGUGCACACAACAUGAAAAGCUUGUUAAAGUCUUUGUGUGCAAUGGUAGCUGAUUUUUGGCAACAAACAUUUAGAAUCAUUUUGUAGAGGUUUGUUUUGCGUAUGUUUUUACGUAUGAUUUAUUUUAAAUCUGUUUUGUCAGAUUUGUAUUAUGUAAAAAAGAACUGUGUACAACGAUAAGAAGCGUGGAGCCAUUUGUGUUUGGAUGUAGAACAUUUUUAUGCUCCAUAGACUAUGAUUGUGUUUGUACUACAAAUCCACUGUGUACUUACAUUUUACAUUUUUAUGCCUUUAAUUGUAUACUGUAAAUGUAUAGACAUUUUUAAAUUUCUUGCAUGUGUGUUUUUGUGUCUCGUAUCUUCUCAGUACACACAUAAAGAAUGAGGAAAAUACCUUGGACUUGUAGGUUAGCAGCCUAAAGGCUGCCACCUGUCAAGGUAAAACAGCAAUUCAGUCAUUUUUCACAUAACUUGGACUGUUAACUACUGUGUGUGUAGUUUUAUAUGAUGUACACAUGCAACAUAAAGCAAAUUUCAGCAGUCUAAAAUCCACAAAGAAGCACCCCCCCCCCGCUGA